AUGUUUCCAGGUAAUUCACGAAACACAUACUCGAACCAAAGCAGCCAGUAUCAGAGGCCAAGUGCACCUCCCCCAGGUUAUAAUCAGCAAUACCAGCGGCCAAGUGGCUCUCCACCGGGCUACAGCCAGAAUUACCAAAGGCCUGCUGCCCCUGCACCAAAUUCAGAUUCGAGAAAAGUGUACCAGAACUGGAAUGACUCGAAUUCCAACACGGUUGGCGGUAUCACGUACCAAAAUCCAUCUACAGCACCUCCUAUGCCAUCGAGUUCGAUGAUGACGUACGAGAUGUCUGGGCAGACGACUCAGAACUUUGAGUAUUCGCAGUGUGACGGUGUUAAAAAGGCCUUGAUUAUUGGCAUCAACUACAUUGGCACAUCAAACGCACUCCGGGGCUGUAUUAACGAUGCACACAACAUGUACCAGUUCUUGGUGUCCAAGGGGUACCCGGAGGAGAAUAUUGUGAUGCUUACGGAUGACCAGAGUGAUUAUGUGAGGGUUCCAACGAGGGAAAACAUGAUUCGUGCAAUGCAAUGGCUUGUCAAGGAUGCCAGGUCCGGAGACUCGCUUUUCUUCCAUUAUUCCGGCCACGGAGGGCAGGAGGAUGACCUAGAUGGCGAUGAGGCCGAUGGAAUGGACGAUUGCAUCUAUCCUGUUGAUUUUAAGCAGACGGGAUCGCUUAUUGACGACGUGAUGCACGAUAUUAUGGUCAAACCGCUUCCUGCUGGUUGCAGAUUGACGGCACUUUUCGAUUCCUGCCACAGUGGAACGGCCUUGGACUUGCCCUUCAUCUACAGGGCUCAGGAUGGUGGAAUUAAGGAGUACAACAUAUGGAAAGAGAGUGGUGGAGAUGCGCUGAAUAUCCUUAUGGGUUAUGCAUCGAGAAACCCAAUGGAGAUGUUCAGCGGUGCCAAGAACAUCUACAAGCGGUUUACUACAAACAGUUCAUCCAACAGAGACGAGAUUGUCCGUAAGAAGAUGUCUGCUGCAGAUGUGAUCAUGUUUUCUGGUUGCAAGGACUCACAGACUUCGGCCGAUGCUCAGGAGGCAGGAAAUUUCACCGGUGCUUUGAGCUGGGCGUUUAUCAAGGUUAUUUCGCAAAAUCCUGUCCAGAGUUACCUCACCAUGUUGCAGAAUUUGCGUACAGUGUUGGCCACCAAGUACACGCAGAAGCCGCAGCUCUCAUCCUCACACCAGAUCGACCCCAACCUCAGGUUUAUUAUAUGA